AACAUUCAAACCAGAAAUAUUAAUUAGAUGUACCUAACUACAAUAGCAGUGAACAGAUCUUCACCAGCUGUGAAUUACCACUGUUCAUCAAGCAGUAUCUGAUCUAGUGUAAAUCUAACCAAACUGAAAAUGAAAUAUUCAUACUAUCUGUCACAUUUUCAGAGUUUAUUAUGACAGCUCUUUGGUGUAAUGCAGAUGGUCAGCAGCACCCAUAUUGAGGAACUGAAUAUUUCAGGUACAAAAGCAAGCGAGGACAAAGAAAUAUUCAGUUUAGGAAACUGGUUUUGCAUAUUUGACUUCCUCUUUCAAAGCCCUAAGUUACCUUAAAAUGAAUAUCUGCAACCAGAAUGCAGUUGCAUGUUACUCUAUACAGAUAACAAAGCAAAGGUCACGGGAGUGUCACCAAAAACAAAUGAUUUCAUGUUCUAGUUAAAUAAUUCAAGUUAAAUAUUAAACCUCUUCCUGCAUGUACACAGUUUGUAAUAUUGCCUUUUAUUAGAGUAUUAGCUUUCCAUAAUACAAGAACACACUAUAUUUGGUUUGAAGUUCAUAUCCAAUAUGAUAUCAUAUGCAAAUUUCUUUCUCAACCAAAAGCAGAAGUUGUGGAUUUCAAGUCUGUGAGUGACAGGCAUAGCUGAACAGAGGAAACAACCUGUUCUCCUAGGAGGAUGCUCUGAGGUUUAAUAACAAUAGUACUUCUCUGUCUACAAGUCACACAGAAAUCAACAGAACGACUGUAGCGAUGGCAGAGGAGGAGGUCAACUACGCUUCACUUGUAUUCAAAGCUAACAAGCAUUCCCCACCUGAAGCUAAAAAGGAGGAAACCGUGUACAAUGAAGUGAAGGUGCAAAACAAAACAACCGAUCAAACUGCUGACACAAACGUCUCAGCAGGAUUCUUGCCAGACAAGAAAGCAAACAGCAGACGUCGCUGCUGUCAGCAGGUGGCUUGUGGUCUGGGGAUUCUUUGUGUCAUUUUGCUGUUGGGCAUCAUAGCUGUCUGUGUCUACUUUACAUUAAGUCUCAAGAGUGAGCAGUACCAGACUGCAGAAAACCAGAACCUGACAACACAAAACCAGCAGCUGAACACACAAAACCAGAACCUGACAACACGAAACCAGCAGCUGGAGACACAAAACCAGAACCUGACAACACAAAACCAGCAGCUGACCACACAAAACCAGAACCUGACAACACGAAACCAGCAGCUGGAGACACAAAACCAGAACCUGACAACACAAAACCAGCAGCUGAACACACAAAACCAGAAUCUGACAACACGAAACCAGCAGCUGACCACACAAAACCAGAACCUGACAACACAAAACCAGAACCUGACAACACGAAACCAGCAGCUGACCACGCAAAACCAGAACCUGACAACACGAAACCAGCAGCUGGAGACACAGAGGAACAACUUAACGGAACAAAUAAGAAACAUGGAGAUAAAGUGGAAUGAGCUCAACGUCACUCGAGCUCAGUGGAGCAUUGAUGCCUACUGCCCAAAAGGAAAUGGAAUUUCAGGGAGACAGUGUGUAGCUUGUCAGAAGGGCUGGGAACCUUCCCAGUCCAGCUGCUAUGCGAUUAAUGACCCACAACCUGACGGUCAGAGAACCUGGGAAGGAGCUCGAGAAGACUGCAGAGGAAAGAUUUCAGAUUUGGUUGUUAUAGUUAAUCAAAUGGAGAAGACAUUCAUCAGUGCUAAGAGUUGGGGCAGUUCAGGAACCAGUGGAUACUGGAUUGGCCUGAGAGCUGAAGGUGGGAAAUGGAAGUGGGUCGAUGGAAGAGAUCUGACUGAAAACUCCUGGUUACAACAACCUGCUAUUAACGGUCAGUGUGCAAUUUCUGUCCAUAACGAAGGACUGAAAUCAGUGAGCUGUGCUGAAAAAAACCGAUGGAUCUGCAAAAAGAAGGGUUUAUCUACUUUGCAGCUUGAGACUUUCCUUAAAGCCCUCACACAGGACUGCAGCAGGAUUUUACAGGAUUUGUACAGGAUGACCAGAAAACAACUGGAGGCAACUGGUACUUUCAACUAUUCUAAUGUUCAAGUAUCUGCAGAGAAUAUUCAAGAAGAAGCUGCCUCUUUUAACAGCACUGCAGAUAGAAUGACAGCCAGCUCAGAUAAGAAGUCUCCGUCUGUCAUUCAGUUUUUUCCACGGAUAGCAGUGUGUUGGGUGAUACUGUCAUUAAUCAUGGCCCUUCGUAUCUACUUUACCACUAUCAUUACUGAAAACAACAGCAAGUUGACUGCAGAAAUCCAGCAGCUGAAGACACAGAAGAACAGCUUAGAGAAAAAAAUAGAAAACAUCAUGGACACACCGCGUAAAGCUUGUCAAAAAGGCUGGCAGCACUUCCAGUCCAGCUGCUACACAAUUAAUAACGUUGAUGGUCCUAAUCAGUCAACCUGGGAAGACGCUCAAAACAACUGCAGAGGACGAAAUGCACAUUUGGUUGUUAUAGGAAGUCCUGAGGAACAGGAAUUCAUCUACAAUAGCAGUUGGAGCAGUUGGGGAAACAGUGGCUACUGGAUUGGCCUCAGAGUUGAAGCUGGAAGUUGGAAGUGGGUUGAUGGAAGUAAUCUGACUGCAGACUACUGGACAGUGCAACCUUCCGACAAUGCUCACUGUGCAAUUUCUGUUGAAGAGAAAUCCCCCAAAGGGUGGACUGCUGUGGAUUGUAAUACCAUAAACAGAUGGAUAUGUGAAAAGAAAGAUUUAUCUGUUUAAUCAUUGCAGUCAGAACUGAACAGGUUACCGGAUAGACUGUACUGAUUUAGAUUAUAUAUAAAAGUAAUGUCACCUGGCUGGCAAAUGACUACAUUCCCGAGCUUGUUGUACUGUUUCCAAAAUAAGCAUUUAACGAGGAUUCAAUUUUCAAAGCUUUAUGAAGCGUGUUUAAAAAAUGUGAAUGUAAAGGUUGAAUGUCAUCCUGUGAAUUGAGUCCAGCAUUAACAAAAUUCAGUGAUGGGCCUAAGGGGGGCACUAAACUAAUAAUACUUUUGAAUCAGCAUUUUUUUCCACAUUCUCUGGUAGCGUGUUAGAGCAGCAGUUCCAUUUUAAUUCAGUUUUGCAUGUUAACAUGACAGUUUUUAAAUCAAAGAGACAAACUGGUUAUAGAAUUUACAGAAAUCCAUUCUCUUGUCAUCGUAAUCAAUUUUAAUUGUUGUUGCUGAUUGGCCAACAUGGGGGGCGCUGGAUAAGUAGCUUUGAGAGCAAUAUAUUUCCAGGCUUUUUUCAUAAGGACUUCUAUCUUUUUUUGAUCUGAAUAGAAAGAACUGUCCAAUGUCAAUAAUUUAUCUGACUAAUUCAAUUGCAACUUUGUGUUUUAUUCAUUCUUUCAUUCUUAUUAAUGUUGAAUAAAUGUGAUAAUCAUGAAUGGUUAAAAAUGUGAAUGUUUAAAUUCUCUCAACACUUUAUAUGUGAUAUUUCAAAUGAAAAUUAUGUUCCUUUGUUCAAUAUAGGGCUGCACAAUUAAUCGCAAUAUUAUCAAAAUCGCAAUAUGACCAAGAGCAACAUUCAGUAUCCAAUUUAUCCAAGUACUGUAGUGCUGCAGAGACGCGCCGGCCUACACAUCUUGUUCUCCAGAUGUAAGAAAACAUAUUUGUUUGGUACAGACCCAAACAAAUGUCACAUCAUCAUGAUUUUAAUAGUUUUUUCAGUCAAAAUGAAAAUUGUGAUGCAAAACUUAUCAUUCCCAUUAAUUGUGAACCAUAUCACAAUCGUAAGAUCUGUCUAAAUAAUCGCAAUAUGAUUUUUUUUACUAUAUCGUGCAGCCCUAGUUCUAUACUAAUAAUCUAUUUAACACACAUUUCACUUUAAUCUUGUUGAUGACUUCAUUCAAUAGAUUUUAGUUUGUUUCCGUUAGAUAAGAAGUCUCUCUCCUUGAUCAAAGAACUUCGUAUCUACUGUGAGUAUAAACUAAAGAAGUGUUACUGCUAUUUUAACUUUUUUCUACUUUGUUACUUAAUGACAGUUCUUAUUUAAUGUCUUUCAUGUAUUAAAUGAAGCAUGCUGAAUUGCCAUUGUACGUGAAAAGUGAUACAUAAAUAAACUUGCAACAAAUUCUUACAGCCAAACA